GGGGGUCGCAACCCAAAAGGGAGAAAAGGUUAGGCAUCUAAGGCAGAAAGGGGGCGCGCGGCGUUUAGCUGACUUUAAUGGCGGGAGCGGGAGAGAGUGAAUUUAGAGACGUAGAAGGGCGCGAGCUAAUAAGCUAGGCGAUGUUAUUAGCGGCAGAGGCGGGCUCUAGGACCCGGGGUCAAGAAGAGUAUGCUUUGGGACUGCUUGAGCGCCGCUUGCCUGCAAGCGACACGGCGGUGGCGAAGUUGUUUGCCCAAGAUGACACGCUGCGGGGGAAGGAGACUCGGCUACGCUCGGCCUCGGCCAGUCCCGGCCCCUUCCCGUUUCCCUUCCUCUGACAGCUCCGGGGCGGGUCUGGUCCCGCCCUCUCGUCACCCCCGCAAACUGGCGCAGUGGUAGAGGCCGUGGCGACGCUGGCCUCUGAUUGGCCGGUGCGGGGCGGCGUGUUGGGCGACUAGUCCUGCGCGGUCAGUUAGUCUUUCCCGCCAUGUCGUUUGUAGGGAGCGGAAGGUAUCUUGGUCCGCGGAGUCGCCGGCUGGGCACCCCGGUCCCUCUUUCUCGGCCUUUAAAUUCCAUCUUCACUCAGGGAGAGAGUUGGGGCGAGGGUGAUGUCGACGAAGAGGGAGGAGGCGAUCUAGUGGCCCGCGACUUGCGGGCGGAGUUCUCGGCCGGGAUCGCGUCCGAGCCCAGAAGGGGCCGGCUGGUCCCGCCCGGCGGGGAUGGGUCGCCGGUCCUGCCGGACAAACGCAACGGCGCCUUCCCUGCGGCUGCGGGAAGCCGAACCCAGGCUCGGCGGUGGCCCGUCCAGGUUCUCUCCAUUCUCUGUUCCUUGCUGUUCGCCGCCGUCCUCGCUUUCCUCCUGGCCAUCGCCUACCUGGUCGUUAAAGAGUUGCAUGCUGAAAAUUUGAAAACUGAAGAUGUAGAUACUGGGCUCUUAGGAUUUUGGACCCUACUUAUAAUAUCCCUAACUGCUGGGUUCUCGUGUUGUAGCUUUUCUUGGACAGUGACGUACUUUGAUUCUUUUGAACCGGGAAUGUUUCCUCCUACUCCUCUUUCACCUGCUAGGUUCAAAAUUAGCCCAAUUCAGUACAAUAUCAUGUGAAAAUCUGCUUUUACAACUUUGGGAGGAGAUUGAAAGUGAGUCAUCAGGUAACUUGGCUACCAAUGAUGACUUGGAUCAUGUAAGCCAAAGAAGUCAGCAAGAUAUAGAGACAUACAAAAUGAAGUCCUUGAUUUAGAUGAGGAAGAAAACAGUAAUGUAAAUAAAUAUCUGACUAAUCAGAAUGCUACAAAAUGGUCACAUAAUGCCUGAACAAUCCAAUAUGAGAACUAGUUCUAAAAAUGUUACUAGCUUGCCAGGAAUGAAACCUAUUGGAUGGAAUGCCGAUACUGUGAUUCAGUGUUGGAAAUUGUAACUGACAAUAUGCUACAAGAUGUUUUGAAAUGAACUAAUAAUGAAAUACAAGUAAAACAUUCUCUAUGCAUCAAUAGUAAUACUCAAUAAUAUGUUUAUGAUGGCACCAUAUGAACUAAAAGCCUUUAUAGCAGGCCUUUAUCAUUCUAAUCAUCAGAAUCUAAAGAGUUUAUGGAGAAGUGACAGAUGUGGCAUUGAGAUUUUUAGAACAAUGAUGACAAAGAGAUUUGGUUUCCUUCAAAAUUGCCUUCAUUUUGACUGAAAACAAAAAGACCCACCAAAAAAGAAAAAUCUGACAGUUUGGCUGCAUUUGCUCAUUUUUUGAAAGGUCGAGUAAUUUUGAACUGUCACGUAAUUUACUAUCUGAAUACAUGACAGCUGACAACAGGCAUCAUUUUGUGCUUUUUGAAACUUUGGCAAUGUGUGCCAAAUAAACCUUCCAAAUAUGAUACAAAAAUAUAUGCUCUGGUAGAUUGAAGACACCUGACACCUUGAAUUUAGAAAUUUAUCCUCAAGUUCAAUCAUCAGGUCUUUCUUCAUGAAGUAAUAAACCAUAUGACUGUGAACAGACUUGUUGCACACAUUUCAAUAAGUAACCCAAAAAA